ACAGAAGUUCUCCGUAAUCAUGGCUCCCAGAGAUAACAACAAUAAUAUUGACCUAAGUCCUCUUCGCGAACCCGUCACUUCCCCUUAUUCCAAUAAGUUUGAUCCUAUGUCAAAUGUAUCGAGUUUCCAAAUUAUUGACUCUACACUAAGAGAGGGAGAGCAAUUCGCUAAUGCCUUUUUCACCACCCAAAAGAAGAUUGAAAUUGCUAUUGCGCUCGAUUCUGUUGGGGUCGAUUAUAUUGAAUUAACCUCUCCCGCCGCUUCUGAACAAUCCUUCAAUGAUUGUAAAGCCAUCUCCGCUCUUGGUUUAAAAGCCAAAAUUCUUACUCAUAUUCGAUGUCAUAUGAAUGAUGCCCGCUUAGCUGUUGAGACUGGUGUUGAUGGUGUAAACGUUGUUAUUGGUACAUCUUCCUUUCUCCGUGAGUUCUCUCAUGGUAAAAGCAUGGAAUAUAUUACCAAUGCUGCUAUUGAAGUCAUCACGUUCAUUAAGAGCAAGGGUCUUGAAGUUCGUUUCUCUACUGAAGACUCUUUCCGUUCCGAUUUGGUAGAUUUAUUAGCUAUUUAUCAAACAGUAGAUCGCCUUGGUGUCAACCGCGUCGGUAUUGCUGAUACUGUUGGCUGCGCUAACCCUCGUCAAGUAUAUGAACUUGUAAAAACUCUUCGUAGUGUUGUAAAAUGCGACAUCGAAUGUCAUUUCCAUGACGAUACUGGUUGUGCAAUUGCUAAUGCUUUUACGGCUCUUGAGGCGGGUGCUACUCAUAUAGACACUUGCGUUUUAGGUAUUGGUGAGCGAAAUGGUAUUCCUUCUUUGGGUGGAUUUCUGGCUCGCAUGUACGUAGGUGAUCGUGAAUAUGUAUUGAACAAGUAUAAUGUGAAGGCUCUUCGUGAAGUUGAAAAUAUUGUUGCUGAAUCUGUUGAAAUCACAGUUCCUUUUAACAAUUACAUCACUGGUUAUUGCGCUUUUACACACAAGGCUGGUAUACAUGCCAAGGCUAUCCUUAACAACCCUUCUACCUAUGAAAUCCUUCGUCCCGAUGAUUUUGGAAUGUCUCGUUAUGUCAGCAUUGGUCAUCGUCUGACUGGAUGGAAUGCCGUCAAGAGUAGAAUGGAACAAUUACAACUGGAAAUAUUGACUGAUGAAGAUGCUAAAAAAAUCACACAAAAGAUCAAGCAGCUUGCUGAUGUCAAAGCAUUGAACUUAGAGGAAGUUGAUAUUCUCUUGCGUAAAUAUCAUACCGCUAAGUUGACUGACAAUUCUCAUCACAACGUACUUGAAAAAAUCUUGACACAUGAUCACCUGCUUGCUGGAAUACCAGUUCAAGCUUCCGCAUAGUUGUACUAAUCGCCGCAUAAUUUCGCAUUGUAAAAAUCCCCUCACUGUCGCCAACAUUAACGACUCUCAUUUUUCUCGCAUCUAUAACUUUAUCAUUAUAUAUACGCAUAAUAAAAGGCUUUCGCCAACUCUUAUGUCAU